UACUCGCACUCGCCCCGUAGUGUCCAUCCACUCUUUUAAUACAUAUAUGCCAGAAAUUGAAGUUGUCAAGUAAUUAGCUAACUGGAAACCUGUGCAACUUGCCAACUUAUGUGAACAACUUUUCUAUAGCAUAUAUGGUGCAAGAAAACAAGUUAAUCUAAAGAAAACCGUACAAAGUACUUGAAGAAACAUACAUAAACCUUAGGACCAUAAAAAUUAGUCAGUAUGCGAGUUGCAAUAUUGCUUUGCCUACUCUUCAUUCGUAACGGCGAAGGACUAGAUUUGGUACAAGACACAGAAGCUUCAGGGUACAGCAUGCAGGUUCAUCAGCUGCACUCGGAAGAUGGCUACAUCCUGAUUAUGCACCGCAUUCCGUACGGCAAGGACGAGACCAAGACGGGGCCGGUAGUUAGGCAGAAGCCGCCUGUCCUUCUUAUGCAUGGCAUCAUGGGCUCUUCUGCAGACUUCGUCAAUCAAGGCCCGAAGAGCAAAUUUGCGUUCGUUGUAGCCGAUGCUGGCUUCGACGUUUGGCUGGGCAAUGCUCGGGGCAACCCCUAUUCCCGAGCCCAUUCAAUCCUCGACCCUGACAACAGCAGUGCGGACUUCUUUAACUUCAGCUGGGAGGAGGUCGCCAUAUAUGAUGUCCGCGCUAUGGUCGACUACAUCCUUGGUGCUACUAGCAGUCCUCAAAUACGCUACAUAGGAGACGCCGAAGGUGGAACUUGGUUCUUAAUACUAAACAUUCUGAAGCCCGAAUACAAUAAGAAAUUCCAAAUGGCACAGCUCCUAGACCCAGUUGGGUAUACGAAAUACUUCCCUUCGGAAGAGUUGAAACUAGUAGCAGAUAUGAUUGAGCCCCUUUAUACAUAUGCACAAGAGUUAGGUAUUGCAGAAAUAUCUUCACUGAAUAUUCAAGAAAAUGUAACCGAAAUAAGGGUGACGGGCCAAGUAGCGUUACAGAGUAUAGUGUCAUACAUCGCAAGCUUAGGCGGCUACAGAUCCAUGGGGACAUCUCUCAAGCAACUUGUCCACCUUGCCCAGAACAUAAGGGACCAAUCCUUUCGCAGUUGGAACUAUGGCGAAAAAAUUAACAAGCAAAUCUAUGGCGCUAAGUCUCCUGCUCGAUACGACCUCAGCCAGGUCACGGUGUAUACCGUAUUGUAUUACAGGAAAAAUAAUAUUUUUGUACAUGAAAACGAUGUCAAAGAGAUGGCUUUGAAUAUCAAGAACGCGAUAGCUAUUGAAAUUAAUGGAACUUAUAGUGAAAUAGAUUUUGUAGAUAUCGCAAGGACAACCAUAGAAUAGCUUGAUUUUAAAUAUAUAUGUAUAACAAGAACCACCUUCAUAGGGCCAGUUGCAUCAACCACAGUUAAGAGACACAUCAACGUCAAGCAAAAGUUGGAAAUUCUCAUAACAAAAAAAAAAUUGCGAACGCAAAAUUUGGCAAAAGACGCUUUGGUGCAACCGACCCUCAUUUGAUGCAUUAUUAGUCAAAAAUUUCCCAUGUUGAUCAAUUUUGUACAUUUGAUAAAUAUGUGAUAAAAUAAGUAAAUAGAAACUAUUGCAGUACCAGCUGCAUUAAUUCAGAAAACAUUUUGACGCCACAUUUUUUAUGGUGGUUAUUAGUCUCUUUUAGUAUCCCAAUACUAGAUAAAGGCCUCCCCUCGUUUUUUGGUGACCCUGCCUUGCUGAGCCGCGUAAAAUAAGUAUUAAUGCCA